GGUAGCCGGCCCUGGCGCCCAGCCUUGGAGGGAGAGCAUCCAUCCAUCCGAGCUCCAGGCAUCCCGAGCCUGCCCAUCUUGGUCUCGGGAGCGCUGGAUGUGAUCUUGGAAGGGGCUUCAGGGCUCCUGUAGCCAAAGAGACACAGCCUUCUUCUAGGCGCAGUGGCCAGAAAAGACGCUUUCCUGAGCCCCGGAUCUUUCUCCCUUCUGGAAGUAUUCCACCACGAAUAUUUACCUAUUUUGAGACUCCCACACAUCAUGGACCUCAUCGGGCUGCUGAAGUCCCAGUUUCUGUGUCACCUGGUCUUCUGCUACGUGUUCAUCGCCUCGGGGCUCAUCGUCAAUGCCAUCCAGCUGUGCACGCUGGCCAUCUGGCCCAUCAACAAGCAGCUGUUCCGCAAGAUCAACGGCAGACUCUGCUACUGCAUCUCCAGCCAGCUGGUGAUGCUUCUGGAGUGGUGGUCAGGCACGGAGUGCACCAUCUACACCGACCCAAAGGCCUCCCCCCACUACGGGAAGGAAAACGCCAUCGUGGUUCUCAAUCACAAGUUUGAGAUUGACUUCCUCUGCGGCUGGAGCCUGGCUGAGCGCCUUGGGAUCCUGGGGAACUCAAAAGUCCUGGCCAAGAAAGAACUGGCUUAUGUCCCCAUCAUUGGCUGGAUGUGGUACUUCGUGGAAAUGAUUUUCUGCACGCGCAAGUGGGAGCAAGAUCGGCAGACAGUCGCCAAGAGCCUGAUGCACCUCCGGGACUACCCAGAGAAGUAUCUGUUCCUGAUUCACUGCGAGGGCACUCGGUUCACGGAGAAGAAGCACCAGAUCAGCAUGCAGGUGGCCAAAGCCAAGGGGCUGCCCAGCCUCAAGCACCACCUGCUGCCACGCACCAAGGGCUUUGCCAUCACCGUGAAGUGCUUGCGAGAUGUAGUGUGUUCGACUACCAAACAGAACCGGCCUCACCUGCUAUAUAUUGCCUUGUGUUUGUCUUGUCUUAUAGUCCCAGCUGUAUAUGACUGUACACUCAAUUUCAGAAACAAUGAAAACCCAACACUGCUGGGAGUCUUAAAUGGAAAGAAAUAUCAUGCUGAUUGCUAUGUUAGGAGAAUCCCCAUGGAAGGCAUCCCAGAGGAUGAGGACAAGUGCUCGGCCUGGCUACACAAGCUCUACCAGGAGAAGGAUGCCUUUCAGGAGGAAUACUACAGGACAGGGGUCUUCCCAGAGACUCCCUGGGUUCCCCCACGGCGGCCCUGGGCUCUGGUCAACUGGUUGUUCUGGGCGUCGCUGCUGCUCUAUCCCUUCUUUCAGUUCCUCAUCAGCAUGGUCAGCAGUGGUUCCUCGGUGACACUGGCCAGCCUGGUCCUCAUCUUCUGUAUGGCCUCCAUGGGAGUUCGAUGGAUGAUUGGCGUGACGGAAAUCGAUAAGGGCUCUGCGUAUGGCAACAGUGACAACAAACAGAAACACACAGACUGACUUCGGAAUGUCACCUCCAAAGGGAACCUUGGGGAACUGUUGGCCUCUGCCUAGCCUUUGUAGCAGGGUUCAGUGAUGGAGACAGGGAAGCCUGGCUGGGAUGAAUGGAAACCACAGCCUCUCAGCGCCUGAUGGGAAAAGAAGACGUUUUUAAACCGUUUCCCCACCACAACCCCCACCCAACCAUGUGAAUUAGUGGGUUUGGUUAUCUUUCUUUUUUCAGUUUUGUGUGCGUGUGUGUGCGUGCGAGUGUGAGAGAGAUGUGGAGGGGAGAAUGGGUGCGCUGUCGCGUGUGUACUUGUGACCCUGUGACCACAGGGCCUGGGAGUUUGCAGGGAAGGGCGGGGCUGGAAGGGAAGGUGUCCAUGUCAUCCUGUGGUGCUGCGUCUUCUCAGACUCUCGAUUGCCAGAGACAGAGUGAAAAGUGCUUUAGGUAAGAUCACUAAAUUAUGCCUCCAAAUAAGAAAAAGAAUUAAAGUGUUUGUCUGGGUU